UUCAUCACGUGAUUCUUUCACGUGAUAUUUUUAUUUUUAUUUUGUUGAAACCGAUAAAAAUCGAGCCCAUCGUCUAAAUAAGAAAUGGCGCCUUCAAAUCCUCGGAGACAAUUUAAUCUUGAAAAUAUCAAAGAAGAAGACAAUGAUAAUGAUAAUCAACGGGAUUGCGACAAACAGAUAUUGGUAAAAAGACCAGCAUUUCAAAAAUCACGAUUUGAAAUAACAUCGAAUAACAACAACAAACAAAAUGAACCAUCAACGAUAAAAGAACAAUUUCGACCAGAUUUAAAACAAUUAUCAUUGCCGGAAUUGAAAAAUUUACUUAUCAAACAAGAACGGAUUGUACGAAAUAGAAAACUUUUAGAAAAUCUUAAAGAUAAAGGAGAAAAAGCUAAAAAAUUUUUAAAUGAAAUUCACGAAGAAAUUUUAAUCCGUGAACAAAACAUUAGUAAAAAUAUUGUUAAAACGGAACAAUUAUUAGAAGAAUUAUCCAUAAAGGAAGAGAUAAAAGAAGAGAUUAAUGAUGAUAAUGAAAUCAAAAUGAUUGAACAGCCAAAAAUAUCCCAAUACAAAGAUGCAUAUAGUGAGAAUCGUGCACGUAUUUUGGAUCAAAAUCAUUCGAACAAACGUUUUAAUCAACCGGCUAAAACAACAGUCAUAGAACCGCAACGUUCAGUAAGAACAUUAUCCUAUCUGGAAUCAUUGGAACAUUUGGAAAAAGCAACAAGGAAAGAAAAACAUUCAUUACAUGAACAAAUGAUUCGAUUUUAUGAUUACAGAACUCGUGAUGAUGAUGCUGAUGAAUAUGAGGAAUCGGUAGAAUCCGAUUUCGAUAACGAUAACGAUGAUGAUCCAGAUCGUAAUUAUAUUCGUGUAAAUUUUCAAUAAUAAUUUUUUUUUUCCUCUGUAAAUAUUCGAUUAUAAUGAUGAUUAUUGUGAAAAUAAAUCAAGUAUUUUUCU